GGAGAAGGAGGAGAGAAUCGCGCUCCUCUAGGUAGUAGGGCUCGCGGUUCUGUCCGGAGAGUCGCAGAAGUCGCGAGAACGGCGAUAGAAUCGGUCGCAGAAUGUCGGGAUUUCCCGAUAUCGUGGAGCUCAACGUCGGCGGGGUGACCUACUCGGCAUCCCUGGCCACCCUCACCAAUCAGCCGGAGUCUCAGCUGUGCGCCAUCUUCACCGGAAACGAACCAAUCGCCAAAGACUCCAAAGGGCGCUAUUUCCUGGACCGCGACGGCGUUCUCUUCCGCUACAUCCUGGACUACCUCCGGGACGGCACCCUCACCCUACCAGAGUGCUUCCGAGAACGGGACCGUCUACGUCGCGAAGCCGAACGCUACAACCUUCCGCACCUGGUGGACCUCAUCGCCGACACGUCGCGCUCCAAGGUGCCCGGUUGCAUCACAGUCGGCUACCGCGGCAGCUUCCAGUUCGGCAAAGACGGCCUCGCCGACGUCAAGUUCCGCAAGCUCUCGAAGAUCCUGGUGUGCGGCAGAGUUCCCCUGAUGCGGGACGUCUUCGGCGAAACGUUGAACGAGUCCAGGGAUCCCGACCACGGCCUCGCCGAACGCUACACGUCCAGGUUCUUCCUGAAGCACUCCUUCCUCGAGCAGGCUUUCGACAUGCUCUACGAGCAGGGCUUCAAGCUGAUCGGCAGCUGCGGUUCUGGGACGGCCGGAAGCGCUGAGCUCAAACCCGGCGUCGAUGCCGAAGAGAACCGCUGGAAUCAUUAUAACGAGUUCGUGUUUGUGCGAGAGUAGAGUGACCAAGAGAUCAUCCCCAUAUCCGCAAAUUCCACAUACACACACACAAAAAGACACCCCAAGACAUAAAAAAAAACAAAAAAUAAAAGCAAGGGUCGAAGUUUAAAAUUGGGCACUUCGCCGCCUCAAUUCAAAUUACAACAACCACAAAAAAA